CACCCCAAUCCAACCCAAUCUAUUCCUCUCUAUCUCCUCACUCUCCAGCAUCGAAUCACCAUUGCUUCUCUCUAUUCCUCCCCGCCCGCCUCUCCACUCCCAGAAAAACCUCCCUCCGCGCGCUGCCGGCUCGUUUGACCUUCUUCCGCCUCCGUAUUCCUCUCCGUCUAGCUUUCCGACUCCUCUCUCGGCCUUACUCUUUCACGUACCCGCUGGCUCCCUCUUGGUUCCAUCUUUUCUUCUCGGAUGAUUGUUCUUCUAUUCUAUUUUAGUUCUGUUUCAGUUCGUGAUUGUGUGGCGGUCGUCGAUUGCGAUCUGGAGGCCGUGGAUCUCUGCUCACCUCUUUUUACUACCGUUUGCCGAGAGCAAUUUCCCAGUUCUUUAGUUUUUCGUCCACCAUUGAGGCAGGGACAUAAAAAAGAGGUUUUGGCAAGGAUUCGUUUUUGCUCAUUAGCAAAGGAAACAAAGAAACAGGGCAGGAGAAUAGAGAAAGCUGACGAAAGGAAGGUGAACAGCCCCAUCUAAUUCACUGGAAAGUAGAAGCAAUUUUCUGAAGAAACUGAUAGGGGAAGGGGAAAAUGGAGUCAAGGAAGAGGAGAACAUGGGAGCGGUGGCGAGGAGGUGAAAGAGAAAGUCAGAGAAUAGUUGAAUCUGUGGAGACAAUUAGAAACAGGAGCGGAGAUAUAUGGGUUUGGUUUGAUUAGGAUGGUGGGGCUGGUUAGGUUUCAAUUGAUUUUUAUGUUAUAAUUAUUUUUGAUGAUGGGGAUGCUGACGGGACAAUUGAUUAGACUAAACUAACAGAAUUUUG